CAUUAUUAACAGGGCCAACGUUGCUUUUUAAACGGAAUAAAGUAACGAUGUAGAUAAGCCUAACUUAUUCUGUAAAAGACAGACAUCCACCAAAUCACACAAAGUAGCUAACUUAAAAUUACAUACAUUAAAAAUAAACUUUUAAUUUUUAUUUUAUUUUAUGUUAAAAGGGCUCCGGGGAAAACAGUCCUCCAACACUCGAUAAAAAACUACAAAUCCCAGGAGUUAAUCACAGUUGCAUGACAGUCAGUCAGUCUGUCCAAUCACAGACUCUGAAAUGUCAAGGCUACCGCAAUGGGUGGGUCUUCCUAUCACAAGAAUGGAGGCGAUCGGUGGGCAAACGUUUCAUUACACGCUUACAGUUAUAAUUUCUCACGGAUCCGUAUCCCAUUUUUGAUUUCCAUACCACACAUGGUGACAAAAGGACUAUCAAAAGGAAUACACUCGUGUGAACUAAGAAUGAUGACUACACGAGGGACUGUCCAACGAGAGUAAAUGAGAGGUAAGGAGAAAGAAGGGCCCGCCGUCGUAGCCGGAGAGCUUCGGGUAAAAGUGGGUAGCGCCGCCUGACGGACCGCCCGACGAACCGGGGAGCCGCUGUCAGGAAACCGCGGUGCCGAGAAACAGGUGUGAUCUUAUAUUGGCCUUCUGGAUGACAACAGUAGUCUUCAUUCCUUCACUGGACACAGCAGUGGACCUUCAGUUUAAGGCUCACCACCUCAUCACCUGUCAGAAAUCGCCUUUCAUGACACACUUGCAACCUACAUAAGACAACACACACACACACAACACACACACACACACACACACACACACACACACCACAGUACCACCAUGGCCGAGCAGCAGCAGGAGGAGGCAGAAGGUGUGUAUGUGGAGCACCAGUAUAUGUGCAGUGAGUGCCAUCAGCUCUUCAACACCCUUGAGGAUGUGCUGAUCCACCAGCAGAUCCACACUGGCCAAGAGGGGGAAGGAGAAGGGGAGGGAGGGGAGGCCAUGACCUUCCAGGGUGUCACAGAGAUGGGGCAAACCCAGCAGUACCAGUGUCUGGAGUGUGGGACCCUCCUUGUGAACCCAGAGGAACUGCUGCAGCACCAGGAAAUGCACAUGAGAGAGGCUGGGAUGGAGGUGGAGCGGCAAGAGCUGUGUGAGGUUUUGGAGACUGAGGAAGCAGGGUCGGAGGCUCAGGUGUCGGGACCGGUCCAGUACCAGUGUCUUGACUGUCUGGCUCUGUUUGACUCACCUGACACCUGGCUGGAGCACCGGCGGACCCACAGCAGGAGUAGCACACACAGUAGCACAGAGACCAUGGAGUAUGUGCUACAGCCUGAUGGCACAGUCACUCCACUGAACAGCAUGCAGAACUACGUGCUGAGUGAGCAGCAGGCUGGGGAGAUCUUGGCACAGGUACUUGCCCAGCAGCAGCAGCAGCAGCAGCAGCAGCAACAGAAGAAACGCCAGUCCGUUUCCAAACUUGCCGCACACUCCCGUUCCGCUCUGCUGCCUCCAGUGACACCGACUCCCGGCUCUGCCACCAUGCACCUGCAGAUUCUCACAGCUCAAGCUCUAGCAGACAACUCCACCACUCCCAGUCAGCGCCGCUCUAAGCUGCCCCCUCUGUUGCCUGCCGUAGGCCGAGGCUCCUCUGCAAAGCUAGGGGUCCUGGAGAACGGUGUCCAGAGACUGGAGUUAAGGUUGGCCCCCGGUGUCCAGGAUGACGGUCAGCAGCUGCAGCAGCCAACAGAGAUGGUGGUCAUCCACCCUUAUGAGUGCUCCGAGUGCUCCCUUCUCUUCCAGACCCCAGAGGACUUCCUCCAGCACCAGGGGGAGCACUUCCUGGGUCAGGACAAAGAGAGCGGAGAGCCAGGCGUCAUGAGUGGCUUCGAGGAGGUGCGAGGGAGGGAAGAGACUACAGAGAAGGUAGAGGACAUCAGGAUUAGAGUAUCGGAGAAGAGGGCAGCUGUGUGGGCCAAGCCCCAACAGUGUGAGCUCUGCAAACGCACCUUCACCUCCGUCAACAGGCUGGCUGCUCACAAACGUGUGCACGAGCAGGGCACGUAUGAGUGUCUCGAGUGUGGAAAGGUGUUCAAGAAGGCAACGUCUCUGCAGACACACAUGCGCACACACUCAGGCGUGGCCAGGUACCUGUGUGUGGACUGUGGCAAUGGCUUCACCACUGAGAUGACUCUUAUCGUGCACAGGAAGUCCCACACUGCAGACCCCCUUCACAAGUGUCAGUUCUGUAACAAAACCUUCACCAACAUGACCAAGUACCUCUACCACCGUAGAACCCACCUCAAUCGCGAUUCAUCUGGCACCCCCGCCCCAGUCUCCAUGAUCUCAGCUCCAAGAAGAGCACCCCUCUCUGCUCUUGCCAUCCUACAGAGAGCAAGAGAGAAGAAGAAUCCCCACACUGAUAAGGGAGAAAUCAAUCUGCUAGCCCCUCUCACCGAAGAGGAGAUGGAAAAAUUGGCAGAAGAUCCAAUAAAAACUUCUCAGCACCAAGUGGAAGGAGGUGGAGCGGAGAAGCAGGGGGAGGACAACAACAUGGAGGUGUCUGCCCUGCUUGAAGACAGCAUGGAUGACCCCCAGCAGAUGGAGGAUGCCACCUCCAAGUGUGGCUUAGCUACAAACCCUGCGGUCCUGGAUAACACUGGCGUGGGAGUCACAUCUGGCUCCGCUGAGUCAGCAGAAGCUGCUUCAGCUGCAUCAUCGGACAAAGCCCCCUUUUCCUGUCGUUCAUGCUCGAAGACCUUUCCCUCCCAGCUACAGCUAGUUCACCAUCGACGCAAGUCCCAUGUCACUGAGCGCAGCUUUGUUUGCGGCAUCUGUGACAAGUCUUUUAAGAAGCAGAUCCACAUGCGCAACCACAUCCGCACUCAUACCGGUGAGCGGCCCUUCCAGUGUUCUGACUGCGGCAAAACCUUCUCAUCUCUAGCCAAUCUCAUGAGGCACAAUCUCAUCCACUCUGGUGUGCGACCCUACCGCUGUGAUGUGUGCCACCGCUCCUUCUCACAGUCUUCCAACCUCCGUCAGCACAGCCUACUGCACUCCAAUGCUGCAGCGCUUUGCUGCCCGGACUGCCCCGCCACCUUUCGUUGGCCCACCAAGUUAGCAGCACAUCGCUACACCCAACAUCCAGGGGCUCCAGCCCCUUUCCCAUGUCCUCACUGCGAGGCUGGCUUCCUGACCAGGAGGCAACGAGACAGCCACUGUCUGGAGCGGCACCCCACCCUGGUGCAGGCUGGUACAGGGGUAGAAGUGGGCAAAGAGACAGACAGCCUAGCAGAGUUAGGCAAAGAUCUGACCUCAGAGCCCUCCACCUCAACCACAGUAGAGACAGAAUCAGGGGAUUCAACUAGUCUCUUGCGGGGAGGUUUAGAUUGCAACAUUUGUGGGAAGAAGCUCAAUUCUCCUGCCAAUCUGCGACUUCAUAGACUGAGUCAUUUUGCCUUGGGCCCUGGACGGCCACGGUGCACCUCGGGGAAGCGGCCCAAAGCCCACCAGUGUCCCGUCUGUGGCAAACUUUUUGUGUCUUCCUCCGGAGUUGCGCUUCACCAGCGAGUCCACACCGGUGAGCGCCCCUUUCCUUGCCAAGUGUGCGGCAAGCGCUUCCGUCAGAACACACACCUACGAGAGCACCUGCGCACACACUCUGGUGAACGGCCAUUCCGCUGCGAGGUGUGCGGGAAGGGUUUCAUCCAGAGUAUGCACCUGGCUGAACAUCGUCGAACACACACAGGCGAACGGCCGCACGUAUGUCCACAGUGUGGCAAAGCCUUUAAAACCUUCUCCAACCUGAGAAACCACAAAAAGACCCACGCCAGGCAGCAGAGGCUGGAUGAGGAGGCUGCUGCCCAAGCUGCCAUGGAGACCAGCUCUGCUGUGGCAGUAGUGGACGCUUCAACAGUGGACCUGGCCAAUGGGCAGCCUCAGCUCAUCCAGAUCCAAGCGUCUGAUCUCCAGCAGGCACAGGGCACACCGACUAUCAUGUGUAAUGAGUUUGGGGAGACCAUAGCCAUCAUUGAGACGAGCGAGGGUGGAGCGCUGCCUCUGGAGCAGGCCUUGGAGAUCUAUCAAACAGCUUUGGAGAACGGCCUCGCCAUGGACACAGUCUCUGUGGAUGGGCUGCAGCUCCUCUGAGGACUGGAGUUUAAGUCGACAACAAACAGAAUUUAUUCUGGUAUCGCCGAAUUGAUGUUUAAUACUAGUCUCAGUACUGGCUGAAACAAAGCAUUCAGUUCAGAGAAAUGAUUUACUGGAACCGGAACCAGAUAAUGAGCUGGACAAGAAGCUAUAAAAUGAGAAAAUGCUUAUUAAGUUCACCAAACAGACCAAAGUUUGUCAACUUCCCUGUUUUUACAGAGCUGAGAGGGGUCCAUAUUCAAAUUUAUUGAAAUGAUGCAUACUAAAAUUAAGGAUUUGGCAUUAUGAAUAACAACCAUUGGUUGUGCCUCAGAUGACAUAUGUACAAUUAUCAUUUAUAUGAAAUGAAUGUGAUUUUCCUUCGGUUUCAAGGUUUAGUCGUGCUGUUGAAGCAAAGUAUGCUGUUGUAAAUAGGUGAAAUCAAUAAAUGUUUUUUCAAGGUGA